UCCAGAUUUGAGCCGACCAAGUCAACGAAGGGCGCGAGUAAGAUGCGGCGCGACCUCAUCAAUGCUGAAAUAUCCAAUCUUCGGGAUCUGCUCCCUCUGCCGCCGUCCACCAGACAAAGGCUAUCGCAGCUGCAACUUAUGGCUCUUGUGUGUGUGUAUGUGAGAAAGAUGAACUACUUUCAGCAAGUGUUUAAGAGUCACGACUUCAGUUAUCAGUACCAAGAGCAACCUACUCCUACACCUAAUAUCGGAUUUUCAAAGGCAAUGAACGGUUUUAUGAUGAUGAUGACACAGAACGGAAAACUAUUAUACAUAUCGGAAAACGCAGCUGAAUAUUUGGGACAUUCAAUGGAAGACCUUUUAAUACACGGUGACAGUGUAUAUGACAUAAUAGACAGACAAGAUCAUCAAAUGGUCCAAAUAGAACUAAAUAGAGGUAGCAACGGCGAGACUGAAAACGUACCAAAGACUAGGCAUUUCUUCUGUAGGAUGAAUGUUUCGAGAAACGCAAGGCGACAGAUGCGAUUUGGUGACCAAAAAGUAGUUUUAAUUCGAGGUCACUACGUGUCGUACCUACCACUGUGCAGUCGAAAUGAACCUGUAUUCCUAGCUUCAUGUACACCCCUGGCGAUGCCUGAAACUCGGGAGUGUGUCGUACACGGAGCUACCAAUGUGUUUACAACUAUACACGCUAUGGACAUGAAAAUAUUACACAUUGAUUCCAACGGUGAAUGGCACUUAGGUUGGAAAAAAUCUGAAUUAGUGGAUAUAUCGUGGUAUCAAAUCCUACAUUGGGACAGUUUACGAGAAGCUCAAACCAAACAUAGAUUAAUAACACAAUCAGAUCAAGAUAAAUGCUGUAUUCUGUUAGUCAAGUUGCAGCAACGUAGUGGACAGUUUAUUUGGAUACAUAUGGUACUACAGGUGAAAGACGCUACUGAUACUCCUCGACAAUUCAUUGUAGCUACUAACCAAGUUUUAAGCGAAGAAGAAGCGUCAAUAAUGCUAGCCAAUUCAUGGCUUUAUCAGUAUUACGGCUACCAAAGUCAGCCUUGUGGAAUGCUAGACUCUCGAAGCCAAAAGUUCUUCCGACGAGAACCAUGUUAUCCUGACACGUACCCAGAGUACCAAUAUGUAGAGGGUUCAGAGGUCGACUAUACUGGUUACCAUAUGACACCUUACAUUCAGAAAACUGAUGAUUAUAGUUGUAAAAGAAUUUAUACGGAUAGAGGGCCAGUUGACUACUCUACUCAUUCUCCACAAUCUACGAUUAGUGAAGAGAGAUCACCAUUACACUACGACGUGCCAGACGUAGUCAUCAACAGCAACAUGUACAUGUAUCCCAUGCAUGGCAAAAGGGAAUACUACGAGCAGUAUCCACAAACACAUUACAACCCACAGGAUCCUUGCUCGAGCGGAACUAUUGACGGUAUCGAAUACCCAGCAGCGAAAAGGAUGCGUGUGACCCCAGCGCCACUCAGCCUAGAGGGCACAGAUGGCAUGGAGCGGUGGAACCCCAGUCCCCCCUGGUCGGAUACCCUCAAAAUGACUGACUACACCCAAAGAUUCACCUACAACAUGAUAACAAUGCCCGCUGAACGAACUAUUGUCACUUAA